CCUUGAGAUAUUGAAUUGAAUUGUUGUUUGUUGACAUUUAGAAUAGCCGGUAUUUCCAAAAUCAUUUAAUUGACAAAACUUUUUUGCAUUUUACUUCAUUGAUUAAUAUUUUUCCAGACUGUAUUCGAAUUAUUCACUGCGUCCAAAUAUUAAUCUAUAAAUGGAAAGAAGAAUACCUUAAUUUGCACUAUUUAAUGAGGAGUUUCGCCUUAAUAAAAUUUCUACUGUUACUAAAAUAAAGUGCAACCUAUUGACAAGUGGAAAAUAUUUUAUAUUUUACAAUAUUAUCAAUAAAAAUGACGGAAAUAUCUUCAGCAGAAAAAGAGAAAUACACGAAGCAUUUAAAGAGGCAAAUGGAUGGUUGGCGAGAAAUUAUUAUACCUAUAAAUUCUAUUUUACUGUGGGAACGUUCUUGGCAUCCAGGAUUUCUUUUUGGACUAUCCUCAAUUAUAUUUUUGUCAAUAUGGAUUCUAGAACCUGCAGUACUUACAUUGAUAUCAAUUAGCUUACUUAUGGGAGCCCUUAUUGACUAUAUCGUAUUUACCAUAUCGCCGUCAUUUUUUUCUACAAAUAGUUGGACUGGACAAAAGGAAAGAAAAUUGGAUGAGAUUUGUCAAAAUUUAUCUGUCACUAUUUUAGGACUGCAAAGCACUUGGAAAUCUCUCCUUCAGAUGCGAAACAACCGUCCUAAUUUUUAUUAUGGAUCAUUAAUAACAAUUUUAUUGUUCAUCUCAUGGAUCGGAAACACAAUAAAUAAUCUGCUUCUCUUCUACAUAAUAGUAACAAUCCUACUUUUAUCUCCUGGUUUAAAGCAUGAGCAUCGAGCACAAUCUGUGAUUAAGUCAAUUUAUAAUCAAGUACUUCAUCGCAAAACGUCUUAAACUAAAUCCUCUUAUUAAUUCUGUUUAACUAUAAGAGAACACAGUGUUAAGAAAAUUACAAGAACAAAAACGAGAUAUUGGUAAAAGUAAUUUAUAACAUGUAUUACUGUAUGUAAAUAUGUUUUGAAAAAAGAAUCCACUUAUAAUGUUAAAAGUGAGUCAUUUUUGUGGUAAACUUCGGCUGAAAUUACUUAUUUUACUUUAAAGCUUAUUUAUAUAAAUUUAUUUUUAAAUUAAAAAGUCAAAUCAAAAUCUAAAGUAGUUAGCUUAAAGUAAAUCUAUUCAAAAAAUUAUAAAAACCACGAUAGACAUAGGGUCUUUCAAAAUUGUCUGAAAUUAAAAACCAAAGUGUUAUACCGCUAGUAAAAAUAAUUUUUACAAACUGUAUAUGUGAGUAGACAUAGCUUAUAAAUGUAAGCGUGAAAAUAUUUAAACUAAAAGUUUUGAAAAAUAAAAUUUUUCUUCCAAAA